AUGGGGAGGUUGUUUGUUGUUCAUCUUGAAGGGAGGAUCUAUAGCUGUAAACACUGUAGAACUCAUCUUGCUGUUUCUGAAGAUAUAGUUUCAAAGGCUUUCCACUCCAGACAUGGGAAAGCUUAUCUCUUUCGUAAGGUCGCGAAUGUUUCUGUUGGGGAAAAAGAGGACAGACCUAUGAUUACUGGGAUGCAUACCGUGGCUGACAUUUUCUGUGUUGGUUGUGGAUCAGUUGUCGGUUGGACUUAUAUCACUGCUCAUGAAAAAAGCCAGAAAUACAAAGAAGGAAAAUCCGUUAUCGAGCGGUUCAAAGUAUUAGGUCCUGAUGGAAGUAAUUAUUGGGGCAGCCAUGAAGCACAUGGUGGAAGUGAUGCAGACGAUGCUUAA